AUGUCUCAAAUAAGUGAAAAAUCUCCGAAACACUGCGCCGAAAAGAAAACGAUCAACCUUAAAAAGUACUUCAAGAAGAAGGGCUUCUUCUACUUCUCCACAUUAUUCUUCUCACUUCUGUCUCUCAUAUGCCUCCUUUGGUUCAUUCUCCAUCCAACAAAGCCACAGUUUUCACUCAAACAAGCUGAUGUGAAUCAGCUUAACCUCUCGGGCCCAUCCCUCCUGAAUUCCUCGAUUGAAAUAACUCUCCUAUCCAUCAAUCCAAACAAGAAAGUCGGAAUAUACUUUGAUGAGUUCUUACUUUAUGCAUCUUACAAGGGUCAGAAGAUUACUCCAGACACUUCAAUCUCUGCAUUCUAUCAAGGGCAUGAAGAAAUAAACCUGCUUAGCGCGUCUUUGGUCGGAAACCAGCAACCUGUGGCCCCGUCUUUCGCUUAUGAAGUUCAACAUGAUCAGCACACUGGAAAAUUAGCUCUUAGCUUCAAGGUCAUGGGCAGGCUCAGGUGGAAAGUUGGAACUUGGGUAUCAGGAAGGUACAGGUUUGUUGUGAACUGUAUAGCAAUUAUGCCAUUCGGGCGUAUACCUUCGCCGCCCUUGAGUUCUGGGCAAGGUUCACAGUGUUCUACUACUAUGUGAAGAAACUUGAAUUCAUGCCUACAUGAAGGGUAUAUAAAUAAGAUGCUUUUCCAUAAGUAUUGAUUGCCUAAUACAGUUUCUAUGUGUAAAGUAUCGAUGCAUGUGCUUGUGGAGAUGAUGUGUUUGUGCUGAGCCAGCCCAGUCAUGGCUUUGAGCUCAAAUUUGGAUGAUGGGAGAUAAAGAAGUAAAUUUGUAGAGUCCUGGUUAGUUCAGCCAUGGUGUUUCAAUGGCUCCACUGGUUAGAGAAAGAUGUAGCAACCAAGAAAUGUAAUGGGAUUUCAAAGGUUGGAAAAAAGAAAGCUGUAAAAGGAGGGAACUGUUAUUUACUAGUGCUGUAUUUGAUUGAAGAAUUUUCCGUC